AUGUCCGCUUCGUCCUCAAAGCGACCAAGUUUCCCCACAUCCGCCGAUGUCAUCGUCAUCUCAGAUUCUUCCGACGACGACAACGACGACCAGCAGAACGACGACAACGACGAUAAACAGGCUGACGACGAUGACGACGAAAUCGAGCUUCUCGGUGCAGCUGGGCCCUCCUCCGCCUGCAUCAAUGCGCAGUUGAGGGAGAAACGUUGCAAGAAGGGGGGAGCGAACGUCGUCAUACGUCACACUGUGUAUCGAAGACCAACCUGGUUGAAGGAUCGGCGCAAAGAGAGGGUGGAAGAGCUUCCCGAGGCUCGAGCGAAGAUGCUGAGGACGGAAAGAGGGGAGAGGGCGGUAAGAGAGUCGUACGGUUGGGCGGCAGGUGGAGCGACGAAGGUUGAGGAAGAGCAAGGGAUGCCAGCGAAGAUGACGUUGGAAGAAUCCGUGCUGCGCGAUCGUCCAGACUGGGAACUGCAACGACGUUCCACGUCAAGACACGCCCUGACAUCCGACCACCUCUCCAAUCUGCCCACACCUCCGAACAUCCAAUCUCCCACCAGCGACUCAACCUCGGACUCGUACGCCUACUCGCACACGCUCAUCGACCACACGCCUCGCGCGCCCGGCGCCCGCCCCUACACCAUCCAACUCAUCCACCACCACCCCUCCCACUUCUCCCCUUCCUCGCAACCGUUCGACAUCGACGAAGUGCCCUCCUUCGAACGUGGGUCCUGGCUCUCCCUCUGUUCGCACCGCUAUCUGGUCGAAUCUGGGGCGUAUCCGACUGAUGAACAAUCGCGUGUUACCGCCGCCGAGGUGAUAAAACCCCAACUGUUGAGGCUGUUCGAUCUAUCGGGUUGGCCCUGCGGUGGUGAACCGAGGAUCUCCUUCCCCGUUAUCACCAAUUCUGGCGGGAAGAAGUUCCUCGACAUCCGGGUGACGGAAGAGCAACAGUUUGAAGCGAUACGAAAUCUCAUUGCGGUGCCGAGAAUGGGGUUGAUGCUCAAACCUUUCUUGCACGGUGCUUUCGUAGACGAUUCGAGGUUCCUGCUGCUUCAAUUCUCCCACCCGCGCGUCAAAGCUUCGAUCUUUUCAUCCAUGUCUACCUCCGACACAUCCCAACUCGAAUCCUUCUCCACCCAGUGCCUUCUCGCCAUCUCCACCUGUCCUCGUCUCUCCAACAUCGGCUCAAUCAUCGCUAUGUGGUUACUACCCGACGGAUUCCCCCACAACCCAGAGUUGGAGGUGGAGAACAAAUGGGAGAGAAUCCCCGCAUACAUCGUCCUCAUAAAACGCAAUGCUGCGCCAAAAUUCAUCCUUCCAAGUCAUCUCAACGUCAUCGAAGCACACGGAAACGUCUGGAUCAAACUCUGGUGGAACGAUAAACCCGUCGAUCUGUGCAACUACUGUAAGAGCGCACUUGACGGUCAUACUAACGCAGAAUGUACGCGCGCAAGUAGAAGGUUGGAAGGUGGGGAGAAGAAGCUCAAGUAUCGGCCGAAGAUGUAUUGA